CUGAUCAUAUUCAAUUCAAUUGCCCAGAGAGAGAGAGAGAGAGAUGGUGCGAACACCUUGCUGUGAUGUGAGUGGGUUGAAGAAGGGAACAUGGACUGUGGAAGAAGAUAAGAAGCUAGCUGCUUAUAUUAGUCAAUAUGGCUGCUGGAACUGGCGCCAGCUUCCCAAAUAUGCAGGAUUGUCGCGGUGUGGAAAAAGCUGCAGAUUGAGAUGGAUGAACUAUCUCAGGCCCAACAUCAAAAGAGGAAACUACACCCAAGAAGAAGACCAACUCAUCUUGAAGAUGCACCGUCAACUGGGCAACAAAUGGUCCGCCAUUGCAGCACACUUACCAGGAAGAACGGAUAACGAGAUUAAGAACCACUGGCAUACCUCUCUCAAGAAACUCACAGAACAAGGAUAUGCAUCAUCCUCGUCUUCCCCAACUCAACAACCUAGGAAGAAACCCUCGGCCGGUCGGACCAAAAGGUCACGCAAACAACAACCGAUUCCUUCUGCUUCUGCACCAUACUCCUCCUCAUCAAAUGUGUCCGCACACGAAAUCUUGGAGAGUUCCCAGUGGUCGUCAUCCCAGCAAGCUUUUUCUUCUUCUUCUCCUUCUUCUUCUUCCCCGAGCAUAGGAACUUCAUCACCAAACGCCGGAAACACUCCCGAGGCUUGUGCAGAUCAGAAUCAAACGCCGCCGCAAAUUGUUGGGUCGACGUCGGAGGAUGAGAGCUUUUGGAAUGAACCUUUCUUGCUGGACAACGCUUUCGCCUCCGGCGAUGAUUUCCUCGACUACCGGCCGGCUUCUCCGUUUUCUCAGUACGGCCAAUUUUCCAGCUCCUGCAACUUAUUUGAUGAACUUGUCAAUGAGUUGAUGGAUUAUUUGUGAAAUGUUACUAAGCCUACCAAGCAAGUAAUGCUUUGCAAAUCAAAUGAAAUACACACAGACAUGUAUGUAUGUGUGUAUAUAUAUCAUAUAUACAUAUACGCAUGUAUGUAUGUAUACAUGUGUACGUGUAUGUAUAUGAAUAUCAUGAACUUGUGUGCAUGUUUACUUCUGUAUAAUAUUAUCCAACAUGAAGAUGUGGAUUUGAUGAGUUUUCUACUUAAUAUUGUGUUACCUUUUAGCUUU